CUCUCCCUCUACCCACGACCUCCACUCUCGCAUGCUCCCUCUGCACGACCUCUACUUUACCUGUGUCGCGGUUCGGCGCACUGGUGGCCCAGCUGGAGUCCGUAGUGGCAUCGGCCAGGCAGAAGACCCCCGACGCGCUGCUCUGCUUCGACCUCCUCUCCGAGCUCUCCUCUGCCAUCGACGAGGCCCCCCAAGGUCCACCCCACUGCCUCCUGACCUCACAGUUUCGUUGGAUCCAAUCUUUUAUCCAAGCUCAGCGAUGGCUUCUCGUCAGCAGCAUCCUACUAGCUACCACGCCGGCGAGACCAAGGCCCAUGUCGAGGAGAAGACGGGUCAAGUGAUGGGGGCGGCGCAGGAGAAAGGGAGGGAGGCCAAGCACAAGGCAUCCGACGCCGCUGAUCGCGCCAUGGGGAUGGGCCACGACGCCGGGGAGGCGGCCAAGGACAGGGCGUACCGGGCCAAGGACGCGGCCUCCGGCGCCGCUGGCCGCGCCAGGGACACUGCGUCCGACGCGGCCGGCGCUGCCGAGGACCGCGCCCGCGACGGCGCGCAGCAGACCGGGAGCUACGUCGCGCAGACGGUCGAGGCCGCCAGGCAGAAGGCGGCCGGCGCCGCGCUGUACGCCAAGGACACCGUGGUCGCCAGCAAGGACAAGACCGGCGCCCUCCUGCACUUUUGUUUUAAUUUUCCUUUCCUUUUUAAUGAAGGAAACUCGAAUACAAUAGUGGCUCUUGCUGGGAACAAGGCUGAUUUGUUAGAUACGAGGCAGGUGUCAGCAGAUGAAGCAAAGGCGUUCGCUCAAGAGAAUGGUCUCUUUUUCAUGGAAACUUCUGCCAAAACAGCUACCAAUGUGAACGACGUGUUCUAUGAGAUUGCGAAGAAACUGCUUCAAGGGCAGCAGGUUCAGAACCCACAAGGCGGGAUGGUUCUCAACCAGAGACCACCUAAGAGGAUGUCAGUUAAAUUGCAG